UUUUUGACUCCAGCUGGCGACAGAGGCGGACCGAUCAGACUGCGUUAAAAUUUAUAAUUUACCCAUCACUAUGCGGCACUAGUGUAAUCCGAACAUUUGGUAUCGUGUGCGACCACCUUAAUAUACCUUGACACAACCAAAACAAACAGCUGUUGCUGUCACGGAGAGUACAAUUCAAUAGAGAGAGAAGAAGCGAUGCAAUAGCGAGAGGAGUCUAGGUAUACAAACAUUUGGAAUUUGUCAUUUGCAUUUCAUCAGUUAACUACGACGCUAGCUGUUCCGAAGUUUAACGUGGGAGUCUGCCUCCGAAUAUAGGAUUUUGAUUUUGAGUUCAGUGUUUCAGCCAAUGUGCUCAACGCGCAAUCAUUAAUGCCAGGAGGCGACGCUAUUGUGUGAUAGUUCGAUAACACAAGUUGUGAAUUACAUCACAAGCAAUAGCAAUACAUGUUGUGAAUUACUUGGUGACCACCCAGCUAGUUGAAAACUGCCCGUUAAUCAAAGUUCAUUUACCAUACACGUAGCAGUGCGUGAUAGUGUAUACGAUUCAGCUCCUAACACAUUGGAAAUAAAAACAUCUAUCAUUGCACACUACUGAAAGUAAUGAGUUGAAGUCAAAUUAUUCACUUGCAUUCGAGUAGAAUUAGCUUGCAUCACCUCGGAGCAAUGGCCAAUAAAGCUACAACGGAGGGAGUUGAUUUUCAACGCAAUCUAUACUACUAUGUAAUUGGACUAGUGCACGAUAAAUUUGAGUAUUCCGCACUAUACGAAGGGGAUGAUAAGAUCUACGGAGCAUUAGAUGAUGUAGUGUUGAAAAUAACCCGCAAGGAGAACGAGUACAACAGAGGUCUCUACUUGUUCCAAGCUAAACAAACAAAGGAUGUAACAAUCACGUUCUCCAUACAAGAUGUACUGCACUACAAAGUAGAUCUUAAGAAGUACAUAAAUUCCUACACCACAUACCAGCGAUCAAAAGCAUACGAGCGGGAUGGUACGCCUACGGAAAUGAUUUAUUGGACGACGAAUGAUUUUCAUACCACUGCAAAAAAGUUUACCGAAAAGCAUACCAGCGUCGAACCACAUUUGAUGCUAACGAUCGAUUGCAUCAAAAAGCGCCGGAUAACACACUGGAAAGCUCUUUUUAUGUUCGAUUUGGCAGAGAAGCUUGCCGGCGACUGCAAACAAAAGUCCCAGAGAAAUACAAACCUGUUUGCUUAUCUGAACGAAUCGGUAGCAGAUGCGAUUGCAGGUGAAAUUCUCGAACUGGUAGAACAGACCACCGAUCAAGAACCGAAGGUAAGAUUUCGCGAACAGUUCCUGCAAGGAGCUUCAAGUCUCUCUGAGAAUGCGAAACAAUUUCGGAUCAGUUUUAUAAUCGCAUGCGAAAAGCUAUAUACAAAUCCAAACGUCCCAACGUUCGACAUCACCAGCUUAGCAUCAGUAACGUUUUCUACUGAUGCGUUCAACAUGGAAAAGCUAAAACAGUGUAAUAGGAGCCCUGUGGAGUGCAGCUUUCAGUACAAUGGUGUAGACGAGCAAACGCUCAAUUGGUUCUUUGAACACUUUAUAUUUUAUGUACAAGUACCGAAAUAUGAACCAAUGAAAAAAGCGAUCGAAGAUUUAUUCCGCGAACAGUUCGACAAGCUCGAUAAAAUGUUUGGCACCUAUUUGGUAGAUAAACCAGUGGAGCGUACACGGCAGGAAAGGCAGGACUGCUUUAUUACUAAAUCAAGCACCAAAUCGGUAUUGGAAAUGAUUGAACUUAAAAGCAAACUAGUCGCGCAACAGCCCAAAGGUAUAGAAUUCAAAGGGCUCGAUGAUCUUCAUACCAAAAUAGUGUCUUAUCUUAACGGAACCGUAGGUGAAUUAACGGUAAUGUCGAAGACGAAAGUUGAAUGGACAGCAGCGCGAAUAGCACAAAAGUUUGAAAAAUCGUUAACUGUCAGCAAGGAGACAGAUUUUCCACGGUUGCUAGAUGCAUUAAAGGACAUGAAAACUGCUCCGUUUGGUGAGUGUGUAAUCAGUGGUGAGGCCGAAUUCAUAAUACUGCAAGAUUUACCAGAUAUUGCACGCUGCUCGAAACAGAUCGUGGACCAGUUGGAACAAAGAGUGAAAGUGAUUGCAAUCGUUCCAGAACAACCGGCAAAUGUCACGUUACCCGAUGGUGUGGUAGACGAGGUACAACUAUCCGACGUGACCAUACACUAUGACAAGCUAGAAAUUAAGUGCAUAAGUUUCGACGGCAAAGAGAUGCUAUUUGUAGACUGCCUUAAAAACGUAGCUAUUGACAGUGUUAAGAAGAUUGAAGAAUUAAGUGCACUUACAGACAUAACAGUUAAAUCGGAUGUCUUCAACUUCGCUGAGCAGUAUUACAUCGGUCGUGAGCUGUUUGCAGAAGGUAAAAAGGAUGAAAACGUUAUCCAUGACGACUUGCUGUCCCGUAAACACGCUGUAUCAAUUAUUUCUGACACAGCCGGACAGGGAAAAACUACCGAACUGUUACGAAUCGUCCAAGCAAGUCAGAAGUACAAAGACCUAAUAUGUCUAUAUGUUAGAGCAAACACAUUUGCUAGCGGUAGCAUGACUUCUUUGGUUGGUUUGCAAUUGCUACAAAACCUGCUCUACAUUACUCCCCGCAGUGCCUUUGUGGAAGAGAUCGUUCAUCAAACACUCGCAAACGUGCAGCUGUGCUUAUUGGUGGAUGGAUUUGACGAAGUAAUGGAGGAAUAUCAGAAAGGAAUAAUAAAAUUUCUCCAACAUAUGUGGCAGAAUGCCGCACGCUGUGCUUUGGUAAUUGCCACAAGGGAUGAAGCGUUACCGCAUUUAAAGCAAGCAUUUAAUAAGGUUGCUAACUACAAAUUGGCAACGUUUCCGUACGAGAAAUAUUUCCAACAGCUGUGGCUCAGUAAACCAAGCGAGAUUACACCCGAUUUGGAAAAAAAUGUACAAAUUUUCUUAUCCGAUUUUGAUAAGCUACUGAAAGGUGCCGGAUGCAAAACCUUCCUGGAAGUGCCUCAGUUGUGCAAAAUUAUGGGUACUAUUUAUCAGGAUCAUAUUCGCAAGCCCAACAUGGCAUUGCACGUAAACUACGAGAUCGGUUCCAUUUACGACAAAUUCGUGAAGAGCCAGUUGGAAAACACAUUGCGCGGUCAAUUUGACGAAACGAAAAAGUUGCACGUGUGGGCAAAGAGCUUGAUAGAAAAAGAAUAUUAUACGAAACAUGCACAGUUGGCGUACGAGCUAGAGUCCAAUCGCCAAUUUAAGGUAGAGCAGUACGAGGAAAUACAACGCUUUGGUCUCAUAAUGAUUCAGUUCGAUUCGUCAAAAAGCGUCCAUUUUAUGCAUCGCACCGUGAUGGAUUAUUUCCUGGUGCGUAGUUGCAUGCUGGACGUUAUUGAGAAGGAAGAAUUUAUUUCAUUUCUUAAUCGUUAUUGGUGCGUGUCGCGUGCUAACAUUGCAGACAAGUUUAUUGACUUCUUUUUGGCCGAUGCAGAGUGUCUUUCGUUGACAAAAAAAUAUAUUAUCAAAAAGUACCUGACAAGAGGUUCUGAUGUCCUGCCAACGUUUAUUAGGAGGACGUUGAAUAAUGCGACCUUUAACACCUUAACGAUGCUGUUGUCUGUCGCUCCGAUAGAAAACCUAGAACCCUUGAGUUUCCGUUUCGGAGGGACCUACAGUAUGCAGGGAAAUACUACAAAGGAAAUCAAUCUGAAGCGUCUUGGUGAGAGACAGACGCUCCUGUUGCUAGAUGCCCUGAAAAGACGUGACGAUGAGCAUGUAGUUGACGAUAAUGGCGCCUUCAGCAUGCUGGAACGUAUGCUGUUUGAAGAAAAUCUCAACGAAGAGGAUACAAUGGAAGUUGCUAUCAGAAAACCAUUCCCAGACGUUUUUGAUCGGGUUGUGAAGUACUGUACGGACCAUUUUAACGAGCAAAUUCAACGUUACUUAAUGAAACGUAUACCAAGGUAUGCACGGGCAGCCAUCAGGCACUGCUAUGCAGAAAAAAAGGAAAAAAUCAUCGAUAAAUUAUUGCAACUAUGUGAAAAUUCGUUCCCUGCUGAAAGUGUUCAAGAGUGGCUACAAAGCUUCGACUUGCUUGAAGAACUUAUUGUCAAUAUUGAAGAGGUACCGCAAGGAAAGCAUUUUAAGGAAGCUGAUCGUCUAGACUUAACACGCAAAGUGCUCGAGAUGUUGGACCGUUAUCUAACUAAGGAAUAUUUGAUUACGCUAAAGGAGCGAUCGAGAGAAAGAGUCGAAACGGUACAAAAUGAAGCUAUUAAAUCCGUGUUGCAAGAUUGGAUGAAUGUCGAAGAGUAGUAAACACCUAUAUCUUAAGCGAUUCCUGUUUUCCAACUUAUCAAGCAACUGCGCGUUGUUAAUGAUUACAUUACAUUACAAAAAAUGUUUUAUGAAUUUAUUUUAUCAUAUCGGCGAUAUUUAAUCAAUAAAAUUCUUUCAAACCGAGAA